GAUCGGGUCAUUUGAUUCCGAAGAUGUGGCACAUUUGGCUGCUGGUUCUCUUAUCACUAUCAGUUGUGGCCAGUGGCCGCCAGGUGGGCAGAUGCAGCUUGGCCCGAAGGCUUUACCGGUACGGAGUGCCCUACAACGAGCUGCCCGACUGGAUGUGCCUCGUGGAGGGCGAGAGCUCCUUCGACACCAAGGCCAUCAAUCCCAGCAAUGCUGAUGGCUCUGUGGACUGGGGUCUGUUCCAGAUCAACGAUCGCUACUGGUGUAAGCCGGCGGAUGGUCGUCCCUCCAGCGAUCUCUGUCGACUGCCCUGCCGUCUGCUGUUGAGCGAUGAUAUCCGGUAUUCGAUCGCGUGUGCCAAGUAUAUUAGGAAACAGCAAGGAUUCUCCGCCUGGGUGGCUUGGAACAACCGCUGUCAGGGAGUCAAGCCCAAUGUGAAUCACUGCUUCCGGCGACUACACAGGAACUCGGGUUGAGCAGUAAAGUAAGGGUUCUAUAAACAAAGAAUAAGAUUAGAAAAGUUGCAAUCAUUACACUUUUAAACUGAUCAAAUAAACUGUACAAGAAUAUAAUGAUAUUUCAUUUACUUAUAAAAAUUUUAUAAAUUCUCUAUACCUCAUAUAAU